CUCGGCAUUCAGAUCGUUGAAACGACAGCAGUAAAAGUGCAGCAGUAGCCCGGCACUAGGACCAGGUGGAGACAGCCUCAUCUGAAGGGCCACUUUACCCCAAGGCCUAGGAGCCUUACAUAAGCCGGCAUGUCUGCACGUGCCACCUUCCAAGCUGUUGCCCUGCUUGUUUCAUCGAGGGCUCGUCCAGCCUAAAUCAUUCGUCACCACCAUCUGUGAGCACCGCUCGGUCUGCGACGACUGUUAAGGGCGAGAAGCCGACGAUAGACAUCAAGCGUUGCGCGCAAUUGCCCGUCGGUUAUGGCACGCUGAUCCUGCCUCUGCCCUGCCGCUUGACCUCAGAAAUCCUGCUGUUUUGUUGUUCCAUGUCUGCGACGUCACCAGUUUGGCACGCUUUCAAUUAGCAACGCCAUCCACCACAGCCGCCACCAGCACCACCAGCAAUGGCCUUCCUCGAGGACCCGCGGUUACGGCAGCGCUGGAACCAGAUCACACACGAUGCAGAGACGGUGACUGAGAACGCCGCCGCCGGCAUCUGGACCUUCCAGCACCACUACAUCAACCCUUGUCUGGGGUCGAUACGCGGGGCCAUUGAGCAGUGCACCACCGUGUGCCUGGGCGAUCCCGAGGAGAGGCUUCGGCGGCAGCGAGAGCGUGCUCGCGAGAGGGCCGAAUACAGCUUCAAUUUCUACGAUGACUGGGACCGCGAAGAGGAGAGCGGCGGCCUGUUGGGCAACUGGGGAGGCGAAGACUGGGAUCGUCUCUUGGCCGGCUCGGGCAGCCAGAGGAGGGCCGAGACGGUUGAGCAGCCCCGGCGCAAGAGGGGCAUGAGCUACGGCACGCGGGGAGUCAGGAGGAAAAACAGCGAGCAGGAUCCCACCAUCAUUCCCAGCACCCAGCCGAUUGGCUUCUUGAGCAAGCUUCCGUGGAAAAUGGGUGGCACCUUGCGAUACAAACCUAGUGCGGCUGAUCUGCAGGAGCACCCCGGCGCCAGGAAGCAUGAAUACACCGAGUCACAACCGCUGCUGGGAGCCGAGGACGAUUCGGACCAUGACGGGCUGUUACAGCCGACCCAGUCAAGGAAGCGGAGCGGCACGACGGGGUCGGGCGGGACGUCGGAUUCCUACCGCUCCCGUGGUGACUUGUUUCCGAGCGAUGGAGAAGGAGAAGAAGACGCAGUGGCACUUGAUGGGGAGGUGACCUACGACAUGAUUAGGAAAGACGACAGAAGCAGCGCCAGAGGCGGGACAACGCCGAGCAGCAAGGGAAAGCGACCGGCGCAUACCGUCUCGAGGACGGUGUCGAGGACGACACUCGGCUCAGUUGCGUCUGGAGACUCGCUAGGUCUUGCGAUUUUCGGCGCCGUGCCUCAUGAUCCUACUCACGAUGCCCAACUCUUACCGUCCUUGAGAGACCUGGAGAUGGAAGAGGAGCGUCUGGGAAGGGAAGAAGAUGAAGAAUUGGCAAAGAAGAAGGAGGCAGCAGCUCAAUUGGCGGUGGAGCGAGGUCUGCAGACGGAAACAGAGCCGAAGCCGGCAGACGCGGCAGAUGAAGAGUAUCGGGCAGAAGAGCCGCACGAGAUUCACCUGGAUAACAGUGAGGACGAUGAUGAUGGUGACGACGAGCAUCGCGAUUCCGGGUUAUCCGGAGGUGACCUAGAGACGCGGGUGAAGGAUGAGGGAUCGCCUGCUGCUCAAAGCGUCUUUGUACCCGCGCGCCUCCCACAUUUUGGAUAACUACUUGGCACGGCCGCUGGAUGGUCAAGGUAUACUUGGCCUUGGCGUCAUUUGCUUUACUGACGGGAUCUAGACGCACACUGCUUACUGUUACUAUGAUGGGUUUGGGAGUAUGAAUUUUAGGCGUCUGGGAGAGGGUGGUUACGACGUGAAGCAGACAGAUGCUUGGAGCGUCGACCACAUGAUGAAUGACGAGAGAUGAAUACA